GGCCUGCGGGUGCCGCGGCUGGGGUGGGCGGCGGAGGCGCCCCCUGAGCUCCCCCCGAAGACGCGGCGGCCUCGGGACCAGCGUGUGAGCAGCCCCUGCCGCCCUUGGGAUUCCUUGGCAAGAUCACCGUGUGCCGUGAACAGCCCAGGUGUGCAGAAUGCCCCACAAGGUCGGGUUCGUAGUGGUCAGCUCUUCUGGACACGAAGACGGCUUCAGCGCCCGGGAGUUGAUGAUCCACGCGCCCACAGUGAGUGGGUGGCGGUCACCGAGAUUCUGCCAGUUUCCACAAGAAAUUGUCCUGCAGAUGGUGGAGAGAUGUCGAAUAAGGAAACUGCAGCUCCUUGCUCACCAGUAUAUGAUUUCAAGUAAAAUCGAGUUUUACAUCAGUGAAAGUUUGCCAGACUACUUCGUACCUUACCAAGCAGAGCGCUUUCGCAGACUGGGCUACGUCUCCCUGUGUGACAAUGAGAAGACAGGUUGCAAAGCCCGGGAACUAAAAUCAGUGUAUGUGGAUGCGGUAGGGCAGUUUCUUAAGCUGAUUUUUCACCAAAACCACCUGAACAAGUACAACAUCUAUAACCAGGUUGCUUUGGUUGCAAUAAAUAUCAUUGGAGACCCUGCAGAUUUCAGCAAUGAAAGCAACCUUACCUCUAGGGAGAAGCUGAUGGACCAUUACCUGGGGCACAGCCCCGAGGACCCGGCGCUGGAGGGAACUUAUGUGGGGCGAUCCGACUACAUCUCGCCCCUGGAUGACCUGGCCUUUGACAUGUACCAAGACCCCGAGGUGGCCCAGAUCAUCCGCAGGCUGGACGAGAGGAAGCGGGAGGCUGUCCAGAGGGAGCGGUACGAUCAUGCCAAGAAACUGAAGCAAGCCAUUGCCGACCUGCACAAGGUCGGUGAGCGCCUAGGGCGCUACGAGGUGGAGAAGCGCUGCGCGGUGGAGAAGGAGGACUACGACCUGGCCAAGGAGAAGAAGCAGCAGAUGGCGUGCUACCGGGCCCAGGUGUACGAGCAGCUGGCCCUGCACGGCCUCCUGCAGGGCGAACCGGAGGUGCAGAAGCCUCCCAGUCUGCCCCUCCAGCCCCUUGCCCGGGCCAGCAGUCCUCACUGCCGACAGCCUGUGCCCUCACUCCCACGUCCAGGAGAGAUGGAUCCAGAAAACCGGCCCACGGACCCUCUCCUCCAGGAGCAGCCUGCAUCACAUGUCCUGACUCCUUCUCCACGGCGCUCGGCAGCAGACCAGCCACCGCCUGCCACGGGCCCCAGCCCACGGAGCCCUAAGAGCCGACAGCCAGGCCAAGGGUGGCACAGGGAGGAGGUGAGGAUGCCCACUCCGCCCCGCAGCGCUCCCUCCCGCCCUCAGGUGGAGGCCCUGCCCUACGACGAGCGGCCUCUUCCUGCCACCCGCAAGCAGCCAGGGGUGUCAGCGGAGCCAGAAGCAAGCGAGGCUGAUGCCAGCGAUGCCCGGGGAGGAGGCCUGGCCGGGGAGCCCGAGCCCCUGACGGAGAAGGCGCUGCGAGAGGCCGGCGCCACCAUCGACGCGUUGGGAGAGACCUUGGUCGCAGGGGCCUAUUCCAAGACCUGGUCCUUCCGUGAGGACGCGCUGCUCGCACUCUACAAAAAGUUAACAGAGAUGCCCGCCGGAACCCCGAAGGAGGAUGCAAAGAACACGCUCAGGGCGGCUGUCUUCCUCAUCCACAGAGCCAUCAAGGAUGUCGUGACCUCGGUCUUUCAGGUUUCUUUGAAGCUGUUGAAAAUGCUCGUCACCCAGUACAUACCCAAGCACAAGCUGGGCAAACUGGAAACCGCGCACUGCGUGGAGAGGACCGUCCCCGGCCUGCUCGCCAGGACUGGGGACUCCUGCACCCGCCUCCGCAUCGCGGCCUCCAACUUCAUUCAGGAGCUGGCGCUGUGUGAGGAGGUCCGGGCGCUGCAGAUGGUCCCGACCUACUUGGUGCAGCCGCUGAAGCCCAGCUGCUCUGCCCGCCUGGCCAUGAGUCAGAUGGACCUCCUGGCGCGGCUGCUGCGAGACCUGGGCACUGAGGGCACAGGCUUCUCCGUGGACAGUGUGAUGAGGUUUGCGGUGAGCGCCCUGGAACACAGGGUGUACGAGGUCCGGGAGACGGCGGUCAGGGUCAUCCUGGACAUGUACGCACAGCACCAGGCCCUGGUCCUCGAGUUCCUCCCUCCAGACGACAGCAGCACACGCAGGAACCUCCUCUAUAAGACCAUCUUCGAGGGGUUCGCCCGGAUAGACGGCAGGCCCACCGGUGCCGAGACCAGGGCACAAAAAAAAGCAGCUACAGAAGAAGCAGAAAAACGAAAGAAAGAAGAAAUCAAAGUUCUACAAGGGCAGCUGGCAGCUCUGAAGGAAAUCCAGGCGGAGGCUGAGGAAAAAGAGAGCGACGCUGAGAAGCCGAGGAACCAGGACAGCCCGGCCAGGAAGGCAGCCCCACCGGACGCCCCAGAAGUCCCAGACAGCCACUACCUAGACAACCUCUGCAUCUUCUGCGGGGAGCGCAGCGAGGCCUUCACAGAGGAGGGGCUGGACCUGCACUACUGGAAGCACUGCCUCAUGCUGACGCGCUGCAGCCACUGCAGGCAGGUGGUGGAGAUCGCCAGCCUGACGGAGCACCUGCUGACGGAGUGCGACAGCAAGGAGGCCUUCGGGAAGUGCUACCGCUGCAGCGAGGCCGUGCCAAAGGAGGAGCUGCCCCGACACAUAAAAGCAAAGGCGUGCAACCCUGCCAGAUCCGAGAAGCUGGCAAACCGGUGUCCCCUGUGCCAUGAGAAUUUUCCUCCUGGAGAAGAGGCGUGGAAGGUGCACCUGAUGGGCCCCUCGGGCUGCACCAUGAACCUGCGCAGGACACAGCCCAAGGCCCUGGCGCCACAGCAGGGUAAAGGCCCCACUGUGGCCAAGUCAGGAACCUCAGGACCGAAGGCCGGGAGCAAAAUCCCCACCCCGAAGGGAGGCCUGCACAAGAGCUCCAGCAGAACGUACACCAAGCGGUGACACGGCGACACUGUCUCCAUCAGGGACCAGGCCGUGUUGUGGCUCGAAGCCUUUCUCCAGAAAGCUGGACACGGCAGCCCCGUGCCAGCACAUGGUCUGCUCUCUGAACUAUGUGCCCGGCUCUGACCAAAGAACCCAGGAGCUGAGCCCCCGAACUGCACGGGCCCUCGGGUCCCAGGCCUCCAGCCCCGGAGCACAGGGAGCAGGCCAGCCAGAACAAAGGACUCCAGGGGAACGGGGGAGGAAAAGACAGCAGCUGCCAGGAGCCAGCCCCAGCCAGCCCCAGCCAGCCCCAGCGCACACCCUGCUCCCAGCCUUCUGCCCACACCAUCCCAAGACCCAGCCUGUGCCCAGGGCCUGAUUCUCUCACUGGCCGAGCCCAGACGAGCAUUGUAGGGUGAGCCUGCCCAACCUCACAGCCCCGUCUCUAGGCUCGGUUUUGAUCCUGGCACCAAACGCUUCCGGCAACCCCGGGCCAGCUCAGGCCUGUCUCGCUGUCCUCUCUCCGCAAGUUGUAAGCAAACGGAAGUCCGCUCUUUCAGACAGUUCACAGGAUAUUAAGACCCCGGCCUCAGGAGAACGCCUCCUCAUGGGCCAGCAGGUCCCAGGGCUUCCUCCUGCCAGGGAGACGAGCUUCCCACCCACUUGGAGGCGCCCAUCCUGUCCUGUCUCCGUCACUGUCUCUGCUCCGUGUGCCAGGCAGCCGUGGACUGAGGCACAGGUCACCGCCCACCAUGGCCAGGCGCUGCUGCAUCUGAGCUUGUAUGCAAGGCUUUCAGAAUGCACUCAGAGGGGCCCUGCAAUUAGUGUGCAAAUGCGUUAAUCCCCAACCAUGUGAAACAAAAUAUUGAGCAAAACUAAUAGGUACUUGAGGCAGGAGGAUCUCCAAGGGUUCGAGGCCAGCCUGGGCUACAUAGCGAGACCCUGUCUCGAAAGAAACUAAUAGGUACAUGAACAGCGAGCUCCCCAGAUCCGCUAGUAACCAAGGAUUUGGAUUAAUUAACUUGUUUUUGGCAAACUAAUGCCUCACGUAUGGUUGUGUAAGAACCAGGCCUACCAAGAUGAUAAAAAGUCUGUGUGGGGAGAGAGAUAACGAAACUUCAUUAGACAGCGCAAAGCUCAGGUGCCAAGGAGUCUGAAUGGCGGUACCAUCUGUUUCCAAAGAUUUUGGCCAUUGUCUUCUAAUGCAUCUUUUAAGAACAGAGAAAGCACUUCUUUAAAUAAAACAGUAAUGAGAAAGGUUAACCAAGGAAUUAUUCUUUUCUCUGCAAUCCAAACUAAAUAGAUGUAUGUAGUGUCUCCUAUCAGUUUUAAAGUAUUUGUAAAAAGAAUUCAUGAUUACCCAGGCAUGGUGGUCCACACCUAUAAUCCCAGCACUUGGGAGGCUGAGGCAGGAGGAUCACUGUGAGUUCAAGGCCAGCCUGAACUACAUAGCAAGACCCUAUCUCAAAAAGUAAAAAAUUCAUUUUUAGUGAUUAACAAAUAAAAUUGGUCUCCCACCUUAUUCCCGGGCUGGUCACAGAGCCGAGGGUCUGUGGUGGCGAUUCUGGCCGUGGUUAGUCCCUGCCGAAGGCGUCACGCAGUCCAUGGGCCCUGAGCCCAGGAGUGAAGCGGGAGAUCAAGGGCCGUGCGGUCCCUGGGCCACUCGGAAUUUAAUACCGAAACUGGGUACGCUAAUAAAUGAAUGAACUUUCAUUUAUGAUUAUGUUGUGGGUAUUUAAUAAUUUUAUUUAUAUUACUUUCAUAUCUUAAGAUCCUAAGUAAUCUCCAAGAGUUGUAUCGAUAAAUUUGCAUUAGAAUACAAAUGUAAAUACCUUUAAUGACAAUGUGCAACUUUCUAAUGUUUUAACAUAGUUUUCUAUUUGCCUUUAUUUCAGGUACCAGAUUAUAAAAUAAUAUAUUUUUACUGUUAUCAUUUUAGGGCAUAUGGGUUAAUUCACUUUGAGUAUAUUAAUAUAAUAAAAGGAUCGCUAAA